GCAUACUCGCACAUUGUAUAUUUGCUUUGUUGUUUUUAGAUAGUGAAAAAUUCAAGAAUCAUUGGAAUUGUCAUAAUAAAUUCCAUAAUUUGAAUUUGAUACGAUCAUUAUUCUUCGUCGUCUUAGACAUUCUUACGAUGAAAUGCUGAAUAUGAUCAACAGUGAUGCUGAAAUGGUAGAUGGAAUGGCGGUCGUUGAUAACGUCGUUUCAAAUAUGUCUAUAAAAAAUGAACCCGAAGAUUUUAAUGGUUUCAAUAGUGAUAGCCAUUCUCAUCUUAUUGAAGAAGAAUCAUUGGAUGAUGGUGGUGGUUCUAGUACUAAUGCUUCCGAUGCUUCCAGUUUGACCAAUGCAUCUUCUGAUUUGGAUGAACAAAGUUCUUGUUCUGAUGAUACAGUUGAUGACGAUAAUGAUGAUGAAAAAUCUUCAAAUGAUUCUGAUAGUUCAGAAAUAUUAGCCGCUGUUGAUCAAGAUUCUUCUGAAAUUUCUUCAGUUGUUUUUCCACUUGAAACCAUACAAAUAAUCUCUGAACAAAAUGAAAUUCAACAAGAAUUAACAGAAGAUGCAGCUUUAUUAAUUUCUGAAGAUGUAAGCUACAGGAUACGUGAAUUGAUACAUUGUUCAUCACAAUUUAUGAGGCAUUCAUUUUGUACAAAAUUGUCUGCCAAAAAUGUUUUUCAAGCAAUGCAAGAACUUGAUUGUGAUCUGAUUUUCGGUCAUAACAACACUAUAUCAUCAAAUAAUAAUAACAAUAAUGAUGAUAAUGAAACGAUAGACCAAGAAAAUUAUUUUAUACAAGUGCCAUCGGCUGAAAUUUUCAUUGCAAAACAUAAUAUAGUUGAUCUCAAAAUGGAAACUAUGAAAAUACUGAAGAAAAUUAAUACCACCACUAAAAAAGAAGAAAAUGGAGGAAAUAAACUGAUGCGCGCUUUCGAUAUUGAUUGGUUUAGCCUUACGAAUCCUAUCUGUGAUAAUAUCUACUAUUUAAGUGGAAAAUCUAAUCUAAUCGACAAUUAUUUUCAAAAACUUACUGAAUUAUUGUUAAACAAUUCGAAAAUAUCAUCAAUGAAAGAACAAAAUCGUUGUCUAAAAGUAUUCCUAAAUGAUCUGUCGAAAAAUCGUUCAGUCAAAUCAUUGUUAUGUCCAUUAUUCUAUUUCAUACGUAAUACAAUUAUUUCAUGGGAAAAACUUUCACCAUCCAAUGAUGAUGAUGAAAUUGAUUUAAUCCGUUUCAAUCAAACGAGAUUAAAAUCAAUAUCAAGACUAUUGACUGUACUUGGUUCAAUGAUACGAAAUGAUGAAUUUGUUGAUUUAACAUUUGAUUCGAAAAUUUUUGAAGAUUUCGCCGAAACAAUUAUGAUGUUUUGUUUUGAAUCCAACUCGUUGAAUGUUUCCUGUACGCUUGUUAGCUAUUUCCAAUUAUAUCCUCUAGUAUUACAGAUACGAUCCUAUUCUUCAUAUUUGUUUACACAAUUAUUAUACAAAUUUUCCAUACCAUUCACCGAUAUUCAACAUCGUCUGAUGAAAAUUUUGUGUUCAAAAAUCCGAAAUCGUGCACAAAUUUCAAUCGAUAAUAAUAAUAAUCUUCUUCGUUUGAACAUAUCAUCUAUAGACUUUGCCAUAUUGAAUCUGUUUCAUUUUCUUGGUUUCGAUAUGUGUAUACGUUAUCUACUGCCAUUAUUGACUGAUGAACAAUCAUUUUUCUAUUGUUAUUUUCACUACGAUGAACAACAUGAUGAACAAUGUAAAGAAAUUCUAAUUUGUCAACAUACAAGAAAUCUAGUAUUAUGCAGAAUACUUAUGGUUGUAAAAUUAAUCCUAAAAGGUUUAAUUCUAUUAAUGACUCAAAAACCGGAUGAUUUAGUUAUCGUCGAACAAAGUGAUUCAAUUUAUAAAUUUUUUGCAGAAUUUUUCGGUGAUUCUUUAUAUGGUUCAUUGGUUCCUGUGAUUGAAACGCUGAAAUUGAAUGGAAAUUUUGAAAUUUGGCUAAAAAAUUGGCGUAAAUUGGUUCCCAACAAUAGAAAACAAAAACACAAACAAAAAGAAUAUCAUCAUUCAAUUAUAUCGGCCAUUGAGCGACAAAAUUCAGAAAAAUCACCAAAUAAAUCACAUAAAAAGAAAGGUACUGGUUUACUUGAAUCAAUGCUUUCAACCGAUACGACAAAAAUGCCAAAAAAUGAAUCACUUUCAAUGUUCACUGAUUCAUUGCUGGAUUCAUCACAUAAACAAUAUGAAAAAGUAUUCCUUUAUCAACAAGAUUUUGAUGAUUCGUCGGAUGCACAAUCAGAACAUCCAUCCAAAUGUUUGAUUGUAUUUGAUGGUCAUAGAUUACCACCGAAAAAUACCACUGAUGAUGAAGAUGAUGGUGCACCGAAAAAAGUUAAAAUACAUUCAACAACAAUACCAUAUAAAAAUUCUGAAUGGUAUAAUCAAAGUGUUAAUUAUCGAUUCAAAACACGACAAACAUAUCAUCGAUUCAUCGUUAGCAAUAUUAAUCAAAAUAAUACAAACCAGAAAAUUCGUUUCGAUCCAAAUCGACAUAGCAGAUUUCAUUAUCAUCGACUUAAUCAUCAUACACGAAUUUGUUCAAGCCUUUACACUCAUCUUUAACAUACAAUUUCAAUGUCAUCAUUGCUUUUUUUUUUUGCUUACUAUUUGUUUUGUAAAUUGAUUGGUAAAAUAAAUUUUUUUUUAUUUUAUUGU